ACGCCAAGUCUAGCAGUACCGUCUUCAGCGCAGUCUGCUUCAGCACCUUGCCUGCCUGGCUGCCUGCAAUGCCCUUGGAUACUUCCGUCCCUCUCAUCGCUACACAAUUUACCUUAUUCUGAACGAGAGAAUAAUAGCUGGAAAAGUCUUCAGGACAGGGCGAAGGAUACUGGAUUUAUAUUACCGUGUGACUGCGUUCAGUGUCUUUAUUUAUGUGAGCCUGUAUGGGGCGAAUGGAGAGGAGGGUGCAUCGAUAAUUGAGAGAGCAGAGCAGGACUUGCUGCCUGCUGCAGAAAACCAGACGGCUCGGUGGAUUUGGAUUUGUUGUUGGGACCAGCAGUCGGGUGCGGGUUUGCGCGUCAUAUCAAAGGAUUUCUCCAGACGGAGCGCUUCUACUUUUUGAAACCUGAGUUCUAAAAAACCAUCUUGCAUGGAUACAACAUCAUGGCUACGUUUGUAUGCAGGGUACAGUUCUUAGAUGAUACUGAUCCAUUCAACAGCACCAAUUUUCCUGAGCCGACCAGACCGCCUCAGUACACUUUCAGGGAAGAUAUCCCCCUUAUCAAUCAGAUUGCUGGAGUCCACCGGCUUCUCAAAGCCCCACACAAGCUUGAUGACUGUGCCCUCCAGCUCUCCCAAAAUGGGAGCUACCUGGACUUGGAGUCUACCCUGGCAGACAGAGAUGAACUCGAGGGCUUUCAGGAGGGAGGAAGAGGCAAGAAGCACAGCAUCAUCCUCCGGACACAGUUAUCUGUCAGAGUUCACGCUUGUAUCGAGAAACUCUACAACUCAAAUGGACGAGAGCUGAGGAGAGCCCUGUUUUCCCUCAAACAGAUCUUUCAGGAUGACAAGGACCUGGUCCAUGAGUUUGUGGUGUCUGAAGGACUGACAUGUCUAAUCAAGGUCGGAGCUGAAGCAGACCAGAACUACCAGAAUUACAUCCUCAGGGCUCUGGGACAGAUCAUGCUGUAUGUGGAUGGAAUGAACGGCCUCAUAAGUCACAACGAAACCGUCCAAUGGCUUUACACACUCGUUGGAUCCAAGGUACAGUACAAAGUUACCAAAGGAAAUAUCACUGUACUUUUGCAUUUGACCAUAUAGCAACUGUAAAACAUG